CCCUUUUUCCCGGACAACCCACUCCUUCUUCCUGUUCCCUGAGUGUCUGUAUGUGCAGAACAGAAGUCAAGUGAUUGUAUGUGUGUGCGCGUGCGCGUGUGCGUGUGAAUGCGAAUGCGUAAACGUAUACGUACCACACCAUGUGGAGAACCGCCUAACUCCCAAGCUAGGAGGCAAGCGCAAAACCCAAAACGACGGCCGUCCUCCCCGCCCCGCCCCCUUCCCUUGUAACGCAACAUCUCCGUACCGCCUGCCCUAUGGGAAGCGCUGGAGCAUCGCUCCGUUUUUCUAGGGUCGGUCGGCUCCCUUUUUUGGUUUUUUUUGGGGGCUGGGCCCGUCCGUGUGGGGGAGUAGGAUGGCGAGAUUGGGCCGCGGGAGGGUUCGAGACGGGCCCGGCGAUUCCCUGGUGGUGUGCUGGGGAGGAUCUGGUUGGGAUGGGAAGGUCCGUCCGGGAUGGGAAUGGGUUGAUGUGGAGGGGUGAUAGCCGGCUGGCCCGUCGGUUUAUUUACCUGUUUACACUAGGGAAGACUGACGGAGGGGAGCCUGACGUCUUUACUUCUUCGUCGAUGCUCGGGCUGCUUCGGAUUCAAGUUGAUCAGUCGCAUAUUCCUCAGUGAAAGACGGGACUGUAUGGACUGGCUGCGCAUCUUCUGUUCCGCCUUCAUGGUCAUACCCCUUGGCCGUGCCAUAAGCAGUGUUGACAAACAAUAUACCCAGUUUUUCUCGCGACCGAGCAAUGACGCAGUCGUCUAGUAAGCUUCUCAACCAUGGUCAAGCUGCCUGAGUCAGCUGACGAUGGAGUGGACUGAUGACCCCCUACUGUAGACAACAUGGCCAGCUAUUCUUCCCCCGACCCCCAGGCCUGUGAAACAGUGAGCGGAAAACAAUCCCCGUUGUUCGAGCCGUUUGUGAUUGGAAGGAGAAUCCGGCAGCCCAUGGAGCAGACUGAUUCCUUC